UGCCUUAGCUGACCAGGCAACCACAGGCAUCAUUCUCACGGAAUGGAUUUGCGGAUGGAGACAAGGCCCAGACAAAAAGCAAGACGCCCCUCCCAAGCAAGAUGGGCUCAGAGCCCCUCGUGGCUCCUUUGCCUCCUGGCUUUAUCAGACCUUCUGCCCGAACAAGAGCAAACAAUUCUUCAUGCAGACUUGUUCCCUUUGGCCAUGGCCAAGUCCUUUUAGAGCAUCUCCUUGGCUGAUCAUCAGCACAUUGUUGCCGCGAGCCCAUGUGCUCAGCCCGGCUCACUGCCCGUUGCAUCUAGCCUAGGUGUCCCGGCUAUCAGGGGUCGAUAGCCCUGAGCAGCCAUUUGACCUCAACUCAUACCGCCCAGGCACACCAUCAACCCAUUCCUAAAUGGUACAUGUUGGCCUCGUCUGGUAGCCCAGACUUAUAAAAUCACACUCUAACUAAGCCUUGCCUCACUGAUCUUCACACACCCACCAAGUGACUCACCCCACGCCCUACAUCCAGCUUGAACCUUUUGCACUAUUCAAACUGUGCGAGAUUCCGGGCAGGUAGCCAUCCCAGCAGGGCUAACAGUACGCUGUGAAGCUCAAAUUGGAACAGCCGCCCCCUCUCCUCUCCUGUGGGCAAGCCCUCUCGUCCUCCUUUACUUGGCCCUCCAACGGACCUGUUCCAGAACUUGCCGUUGGCAUUGUCAUCAUGUCCUCCAACAAUGAUAAUGUCAUGGCUCGAUUCCUCUUCGCCAUACUGCAGCAGAAGAACCUCAAAGAUAUUGACUGGAAUGCCGUUGCCCAUAACCCGAUACUGGCCCAGGAGAUCACAAACGGUCAUGCUGCUCGCAUGAGGUACUCUCGAUUUCGCAAUUCGUUGUUGAAUAUCGAACCCCAACGGAGGAACCGGGCCGGCGCGGGCAAGUCCAAGAUCACCAAGUCCAAGAAGGAAACCAAGGCGAAGAAGGAGAACGAACAGCCCAUCAAGGAUGACCCGAACGCACGACCACGCAGCCAAGAGGACGAGCCCCAGGCGCCCAAGGCGCCGCCACCCAAGAUCAAGGACGAAAACCGGGUCAAAAGAGAACUCCAACAGACACCCUCCGAGGCUUGCGUCGCUGAACCCGACGUGCCGCACAACCCCCUUCCCGACACCCAGAUCCAGUUCCAUAAUCGGCUCCUGACGCCUUGUAGCGAUAGCGACCUCUUCGCCAUAUCCCAUGGAUACGCCACCAGCCCUGCGAGCGACGUGCUCCGCCACGAACAAGCCCAGUACGAUUACACUGGGGCAGCUGCUCACUGUGGCCACGAAUCGGCGUCCUGGCAGCCAAGCCCGUCAUACUCGCCCUUCGCAAUGCCGACGUACGAGAUGGACACCUACAAUGCCCCUGCUUCUGCCUUCUGUGAUCACCAGCACAUUACUCAUCCGGAGGGUUUUGGUAUUGCCCCCAGUGCCAUGAUGGCACCGGAUCAACCUCAAGCUCUUGUGAAGCAUGAGGAGUGGGACAACCGCUUCCACUGAGUAAACGGCCUGUUUUCUCGUCCAGCCUGCAUUCCCAUAAGGAAUGAAUCGAUAAAUACCGUGAGGAUGCUUCACCAAAUUCAUCAUUGGCCCUUCAUUUCCAGUCUGUUGUUUGGUUAGAGGUUGAGUCGAGUUGUCCAUUUUGUACGGUGAACUUGUGCUCUGGAUAGUCCCACGUCCAGGUUUUGUUUUGAGGUUUCGGAAUUUGAUAGAAUGUAUUACUUCUACUGCUGUUGUGUGGGAAUGCUUUUAUGACAGGCCUGUGCGUACAGAUUUCUUCUUCCUUGCUUGUCAGAACACGAUUCCUAGACCAUGCAGCCAGAGUAAAUUGCUGGGAAAAUGGGACGGCGAUUUCUAGCACCAAGCAAAGGCCAUUUGCUUGGUGUAGAUCUCAAACAUUGGUUUCAAACGUUCUUUCGGUGACAGCUCUUUGCUCCGUCUUCCUUUCUCACUGCCCACCGGGCUGGAUAUUGCUCCGCUUCACCAGAUAAAUGCCCUUGUCUCCAUCCUCCACCUCCUGAUGUGCCUGUCUGUGAAUAUCAGGCAACAGAGAGGCAUGACGUUGUGUUUCAG